AUGAACAAUGACAAGAUGAGUUCCAGAGUUUUCCUUGUUGUUUUGGUUGUGUUUGUAAUAGACACUACUAGAGGCAGUAGUCGAUACCGUAUCGUUGAUUUCAACAGACCUAUAAGCUGGAACCAGGCCCGUGAUGAAUGUCGUAGAACUCCAGGAUGGGACUUGGUAAAAAUCGAGAACAGAAAUGAAGACCAAGCACUUAAAACUUUUCUCGCCGGAGAGUGCAAUAGCUGUGGAGUUGGCUGGUUUAUUGGUGGGCAAUCAGAAAAUGGUGUCUGGACUUGGGCAGAUGGUUCUCAAAUGAUAUAUAAUAGCUUUCUAUUCGAAAGAACAUCACGUAUCUGGAUCCCUCAAACUGUGGUGAGAAACUUCGCUGUCAUUUUCAAAAAUGAUUUGCAGUGGGGCUAUGUGGCUCCUCGUCCGACUCCACAGAUGGGGUACAUCUGUGAAAAAACAACUUGUUAAGCAUGAUUUCGUUAAAUAAAUCUUCAAAAAA